ACAUUUACAACGGACAAAGCAGCCGGUCGUACGAUGGCGCUCACGUUGCCCCAGUUUCACACGUCGGCGUACUCGCACCCGCUCCUCACCGUGCACGUGCCGCCGAGCAUGGACCGCCGCGAGCGCCGCUUCCAGUGCGAAGAGCCCGGCUGCGGCAAGCGCUUCAACCGCAAGUUCACGCUCAAGGAGCACAUGAAGACGCACACGGGCGCGCGCCCGUACAUUUGCGACUACGAGGGCUGCACCUCGAGCUUCUCGACGUCCGGGAACCUCAGCCGCCACAAGUUUACGCACACGGGCGAGAAGCCGUACGGCUGCACGAUCGCCAUGUGCACGAAGCGCUUCUGCACGAAGGAGAAGCUCGCGCGCCACAUGAAGACGCACUCGGGCAUCCGCCCGUUCUCGUGCAAGGUCGACGGCUGCCACAAAAAGUUCUCAACCUCCGGCAACCUCGGUCGCCACAUGAAGACGCACCGCAGCCACGUCGCGUCGUCGCCGUCGACGCAAGGUAGCAGCGGCAGCGAGCACCACGGCCAGCACGAACUCGACCACGACAUCAUCUCGGCGCUCUCGUCGCCGGGCAAGCAGGCCGCGCAGCAAGCCAAGUGGAAGGCCGACAAGCCGCGCUUCCCGACCAUCAUGCGCAGCCAGUCGGACUUUAGCGUGCGCAGCUUCAACACGCCCAACAACAUGCACAUUGCGGUGCCGCAGUCGUCGUCCUCGAGCGCCGGCCGCCUCCAGUUCAACCUUUUCGACUCGCCGCUGAGCACAUCGAACGGAUCGUCGUCGUACUCGUGGCCGCCGGCGCAGUUUCCGUCGUCGACGUACCACCACCACCACGGCGGUAGCUACGGCUCGGGGCUCACGAUCACGAGCCAGUACCAGAACAGCAGCAACGGCGGCUUCAAGAUCGAGCACGACCUCCUCCGCGACGCGAUCCCGCAGUACGAGCCGCUGCCGUUUGACCGCACGGGGGUGCCCAAGAUCUCGCGGUCGCAGUCGGACGGCGCGGUGCUUGGCCACUCGGACUUGAUGAACGACUUCUACUACGACCACUGAGCCGUCGACGCCCCGUUCUUGUACAUUAGCUCUGUUAGAUUGCGUGUCAACCUCCACCUCGUUUCCCUAAACUUAUAAAAACACCCGACCUGUACCUCUCCGACCUGAGAGCUGGUGCGUGUCGAAUGCUGCCGCGU